AUGCGAGUGGUCAUAGCUCUAUCGAUCUUUUUUGCAUCAGUAAGUGCUCUUCCUAUCGAAGAGCUUGCGAAUGAUGAGAAUGGAUGGUUUGUGCCCAAAGAUGGUAGUUUUGAAUGGAUGAACAUUACGCACGCCGAGGAGCUUUUAGAGAGCAGUGUUCCCGUGGAAGGUCGUUCCAACGAAGUCUCCUUCUACCUGUAUACCCAACAGAACCCCACUGAAGGUCAGCAGAUUACUGCAGAUGCUUCCACAAUUGAAGAUUCUAAUUUCAAUAAGGAUCAUGGCACUCGUUUUGUGAUCCAUGGAUGGAAGGGACGAUACACCGAUAGCAUGAGUGUAGAUAUUACCAAUGCCUGGCUAUCGAGAGGCGAUUACAACGUAAUUGUGGUCAACUGGGAUCGCUCUCAAUCUGUGGACUAUGCGAUGUCCGUAAGGGCUGUGCCUGGAGCUGGAACCAAAGUGGGCGAGAUGAUCGAGUACCUGCACGAACAUCACGGCAUGUCACUUGAAACCCUUAAGGUGAUCGGUCACAGUUUGGGUGCCCAUGUGGCUGGUUAUGCUGGCAAGCAAGUUGGUGACAAGAGGGUUCACACAAUUGUGGGUCUGGACCCUGCCUUGCCCCUUUUUAGCUACGAUACUCCGGAGAAGCGUCUUUCCAGCGAAGACGCCUUCUACGUGGAGUCCAUCCAGACCAAUGGCGGUGUUAAGGGUUUUGUGAAGCCUAUUGGGAAGGCAACUUUCUACGUGAGUGGAGGAAAGAAGCAACCAGGAUGUGGAGUAGACCUUGCCGGAACCUGUUCCCAUGCACGAUCUGUGCUCUACUACGCCGAGGCCGUCACCAAGGACAGUUUCGGAACCAUCCAGUGCCAGGAUUAUCAGGCUGCCUUGGAUAAUAAAUGUGGCAGCACCUUCAGCAGCAUUCGCGUGGCAGAGGAUAGGAAUGCUAACAAUGUGGAAGGCUACUUCUACGUGCCUGUAAACAGCGAGGCACCAUUCGGUAAAACCGAAUAAAUAAAUAUCAACAAGAUAUCAAUAAAAUGAGCUCCCAAAAACAAA